AUGUCGGGAUUUUCUCUUGUUACCAUUGUAUCAGUUGUUAAUUGUUUGCCGGCGUUGGCUCUGACAAAGAAAGAAACCUCGACCAAUGUGACAUUUUUUAGUUUACCUGGCGACUUUAAACUGGGCGGCCUUUUUGCUCUUCAUAAUGAGGCUGAUGCAUCAGGCAACUGGAAGGGGAAUGAAACCAUGCAAUGCAAACACUUUAAUCCCAAUGAAUUCAUGGCACUUCUGGCUAUGAAGUUUGCAGUAGAUGAAAUUAAUAACAGCAGCACGCUUCUGCCCAAUGUCAGUCUGGGGUAUGACAUCUAUGACACCUGUUAUGAUGUAAAAGUCAUCCAACAAGCAUCCUUGAGGUUCCUCACUGAAAGAGAGGAAUCUGUGAUCCAGGUCCUUUGUAAUUAUACUGAUUACAAGACAGAGGUGGUGGCAGUGGUGGGACCAUCCUCAUCAGACAUGGCCAUGGCCACUGGGAAAAUGUUCAGCUUUUUUCACUUGCCACAGAUCAGCUAUUGGGCUUCCAGUGAACUUUUAAGUGACAAGUCCACGUUCCUAUCAUUUAUGCGCACUGUUCCAAGUGAUCAAAAACUAGUGCAAGGAAUGGUGCAGCUACUUAAGGAAUUUCAGUGGAACUGGAUAUCAAUAAUAGCCAGCAGGAAUGGAUAUGGAGUACAAGGACUUUUCCAGUUUACAACUUCAGCUUCCCAAAAUGGCAUCUGCAUUGCUUAUCAAGCCUACAUCCCAGAGAAUAUUAGUGACCCCAACUUCAACACGUCUGUACAAAAAAUACUAAGUGAUCUCCAGAAUACUGGGGUCAAUGUCACCAUUGUGUUCUCCACUCUACCAGAAGCUCAGGCUUUUCUUAAAGUGGUCAUCGGGACCCAGCAGAAAAUGGUCUGGAUUGCAAGUCCAACGUGGUCACAAGCUCUAACUAUACAGCAAAUGCCAGGCCUUCAAUCCAUCGGCACAGUCAUUGGUUUCAGUGUGGAAAGUAAAACAGUAUUGGGAUUUCAGGACUAUGUAUUUAAUAUAUUAAAUCAGAUAGAACAAGAAAGGCAUCUUCUCUUAAAUUCCAGUUCUGCAAAUUUAGGCACUUCUCAGUAUACCCAGGACCUGCAAGAACAAUGCCAGUCAUGUAGCAUGCUAACCACAGGGAACAUAACAAUGCUGCAAGAACCGUCAAUACUAGCGCUAGCCUACCAUGUAUAUACUGCCGUAUACUUCAUAGCUCAAGCUAUACACAAUAUCAUGUGUACUCCAAUGUGUAAUCUGCAAGUUUCCAAUAUCCUUCCAUGGCAACUUCUUCAGGAACUUAAAUAUGGGAACAUCACAGUGGACAAUAUCAUGUUAGACAGCUACGGUAACCCAAAUAUUGGCUAUAAUAUACUAACCUGGAUAUAUAAAAAGAAGAGCCCAUUCUUGACAGUGGGAACAUUCCAGGAGAAAAUGACAUUGAAAAGAUCCCAGAUUACAUGGCACAGUACAAAGGUUCCUGAGUCCACCUGCUCCAGGCAAUGCUCCGAGGGUCAAGUCAAAGUGUUCAAGGAUUUCAAAACUUGCUGCUUCAAGUGUGUCACGUGCCCUGAGGGAACCUACGUGAAUUCUACAGAAUGCACAUCAUGCCCUACUGGUGAAUGGUCCAAAGCAGGGAGCAAAAGCUGUCAACAUCCAACUUACCUCUACUUGUCAUGGAGUAACUAUUACGUUAUCACUCUCCUCGGGUUUAUGGGACUCAUUAUAUUGCUUAUAUUGGUAGUCACUAUGAUCAUGUUUCGGCACCGACAUACUCCUCUGUAUGUAGCUUCUGGCGGCUUCCAUUGUUAUAUUACGUUGUUGGGUUUGUUGUGUAUGUGUGUGUCAAUUUUUUUUUAUAUUGGAAAACCUACAGACUGGAUGUGUCUUCUACAGCAACCUCUACUCUCCUUGAGUUUUACCACCUUUCUGGGUCCCAUACUGGUAAAAUCCAUGCAGAUCCUAUUCUGUACCCUGUCCGGCAAGUCACGACUCUACUGGUUGACACACACAGGGAGUUGGAUCAUUUUAUUAUUAACCUUCCUAGGUCAAGUCUUGCUCUGCACUAUGUAUGUGAAAUCUUCACAGCUUUUAUCAGUACAGGUGGCCUCCUAUGAUGUCAACUCCUUAUCUAUUUAUGUGAGCUGUAAAUACGAGCCAUUACUGCAGUUUGGCUUGAUGUUUGCCUACAAUGGUCUCCUGGUUUUGUGGGCCUUCCAAUGUUCUUUCUUAGCAGAGAAGCCAGUGCACCAGUAUUACAUGGGAAGAGAUAUCACAGUGGCGAUGUUGUCUCUCAUUCUGGCCUGGAUCAUUUUCAUACCCACUUAUGUCAGCACAGACAUCGCCUCCAAGUCUCUCAUUCAGAUGACUUUUAUUCUUGGCAGCUGUCUGGGGGUUUUGUCAGCUGUGUUUUUCCCCAAAUGCUACCUACUGAUCUAUAAAAAGGAACUGAAUAGCAGUGAAUAUUUUGGGACUCACAUUCCAGACCAUCGAGAUGAAACUGCAACAGAAUAGAGAGACAUUCUGACUUCUUUAUCUCCUUUGGGACAGUCAUGGAGAUGUGGAGGGAUUUAAUAAUAAAUGAGUGCACACUCCACAAACAAUGUAAGAGAUCUUUUAUUCAGAACUGAUUAAAAAAAAUGGUACUCCAACAAUAGGAAAUAAAAUUUGUAUA